CCUCGUACUAUAAUAAUACUUAGUUACUUUGUUCAAUUCAAACCUCAAUCUAAUCUAUAAUUACGCUAAAUUAAAUUAAAAAGGUCUAGUCAUAUCUGGAUUAAGUUUGACAUGUUUCAUUUAUCGAUCUAGCUAGUCAUCUGCACAAUGCUAAUCAUGAUUUCAUGAACAAUUAAUCUCUGAAUAAUUUUUGUGUUUGUGUGUGUGUGUGUAUUAGUGGUAGCUUAUAGAGAGUAAAUUAAAUUAAAGAUGGCGGAUCAGAAGGCAACCGUCAGCUUGGAUGAUAUCAAGAAGGAGAACGUUGAUCUCGAAACAAUACCAGUGGAGGAUGUAUUUAGGAUAUUGGUAAGUUCUAAGGAGGGAUUGGCAGAAAAGGAUGCAAAUGGAAGGCUUACUGUCUUUGGCCCAAACAAACUUGAGGAGAAAAAGGAGAACAAGAUCUUAAAAUUCUUGGGUUUCAUGUGGAACCCCUUGUCAUGGGUCAUGGAAGCUGCUGCUGUCAUUGCCAUUGUAUUGGCAAAUGGACAGAAUAGGCCACCAGAUUGGCAAGAUUUCCUUGGAAUAGUAGUUUUGCUUGUCAUCAACUCCACCGUCAGCUUCAUCGAAGAAAACAAUGCAGGCAAUGCUGCAGCAGCCCUGAUGGCAGGUCUUGCUCCCAAGACAAAGGUAAUAAGAGAUGGGAGCUGGCAGGAGCUGGAUGCAGCAGUGCUGGUGCCAGGGGAUGUGAUAAGUAUCAAGUUGGGGGAUAUCAUUCCGGCCGAUGCUCGUCUUCUUGAGGGAGAUCCCCUCAAGAUUGAUCAAUCUGCUCUCACAGGUGAGUCAUUACCCGUGACAAAGAACCCGGGCGACGGAGUGUUUUCUGGUUCCACCUGUAAACAAGGUGAAAUUGAGGCUGUUGUAAUUGCAACUGGAAUCAGCACCUUCUUCGGAAAAGCUGCUCAUCUUGUUGAUAGUACGAAUAAUGUUGGCCACUUCCAGAAGGUGUUGACAGCAAUCGGCAACUUCUGCAUAUGCUCCAUUCUAAUUGGAAUCAUCAUAGAAAUACUGGUGAUGUACCCAAUUCAGCACAGAAAGUACAGAGAUGGAAUUGAUAAUCUGCUUGUUCUUCUCAUUGGAGGAAUUCCAAUAGCCAUGCCUACUGUAUUAUCAGUCACUAUGGCAAUUGGAUCCCACAAAUUGUCAGAACAAGGUGCCAUCACCAAGAGAAUGACUGCUAUAGAAGAGAUGGCGGGAAUGGAUGUCCUUUGUAGUGACAAGACAGGAACUCUUACGUUAAACAAGCUUGAAGUUGACAAAAACUUGGUCGAGGUCUUUGCAAAGGAUAUGGACCAAGAUACCGUUAUUCUUCUUGGGGCAAGAGCUUCAAGGGUUGAAAACCAGGAUGCUAUUGAUGCUUGCAUCGUCGGAAUGCUGGCAGAUGCCAAGGAGGCUAGAGCUGGGAUCCAAGAAGUGCAUUUCCUGCCUUUUAACCCUGUCGACAAGCGCACAGCUAUUACUUACAUAGACUCCAAUGGCAAUUGGCAUAGAGUUAGCAAAGGUGCACCUGAGCAGAUCGUUGAUCUUUGUGGACUAAACGAGGAUGUAAAGAGGAAAGUUCACUCCAUCAUCGACAAGUUUGCUGAUCGUGGUCUUCGCUCUCUUGCAGUGGCUCAACAGACAGUACCAGAGAAGACGAAGGAAAGUCCAGGAGGGCCUUGGGAGUUUGUAGGGCUCUUGCCUCUUUUUGACCCUCCAAGGCAUGAUAGUGCAGACACAAUUAGGCGCGCCCUUGUCCUUGGUGUCAAUGUAAAAAUGAUAACCGGUGAUCAGCUUGCCAUAGCCAAGGAGACUGGUCGUAGGCUUGGCAUGGGAACAAACAUGUAUCCUUCUUCCUCCCUCUUGGGUCAGAACAAGGAUGAAAAUACUGCUAACCUCCCUGUGGAUGAACUCAUUGAGAUGGCUGAUGGCUUUGCUGGUGUCUUUCCAGAGCACAAAUAUGAGAUCGUGAAGAAGCUCCAAGAAAGAAAGCACAUUUGUGGUAUGACCGGAGAUGGUGUGAAUGACGCCCCUGCUCUGAAGAAAGCAGAUAUAGGCAUAGCUGUGGCUGAUGCUACUGAUGCUGCCCGUAGUGCAUCAGACAUAGUUCUCACGGAGCCAGGAUUAAGUGUGAUAGUAAGUGCUGUUUUGACCAGCCGAGCCAUAUUUCAGAGGAUGAAGAAUUAUACCAUUUAUGCUGUUUCUAUAACCAUCCGAAUUGUGCUAGGCUUCAUGCUCAUUGCACUAAUCUGGAAGUUUGAUUUCUCACCUUUCAUGGUUCUUAUCAUUGCCAUUCUCAAUGAUGGAACAAUCAUGACCAUAUCUAAAGACAAGGUGAAGCCGUCACCCAUGCCUGAUUCGUGGAAACUGAGAGAAAUAUUUGCCACUGGCAUAGUUCUUGGCACUUACCUAGCCGUGAUGACUGUUAUCUUUUUUUGGGCUGCUCACCAAUCAAAUUUCUUUACUGACAAGUUUGGUGUAAGGUCGAUCAGAGACAAUAUACAUGAGCUUAAUGCUGCACUGUAUCUUCAAGUCAGCAUCGUCAGUCAGGCACUCAUUUUCGUAACUAGGGCAAGGAGUUGGUCUUACAUAGAACGUCCUGGUCUCCUUCUGCUAGCUGCUUUCGUUAUAGCACAGCUGGUUGCCACCAUAAUUGCAGUAUAUGCAAACUGGGGUUUUGCUAGAAUCCGUGGUAUUGGUUGGGGUUGGGCUGGUGUUAUUUGGCUUUACAGUAUUAUUUUCUACAUACCUCUAGAUUUUCUAAAAUUCGCGAUCAGAUACAUUUUGAGUGGCAGGGCCUGGAACAAUAUGAUUGAAAACAAGGUUGCUUUCACAAACAAGAAGGAUUAUGGUAGGGGAGAAAGAGAGGCACAAUGGGCAUUGGCUCAACGCACGUUGCAUGGUCUUCAACCUCCCGAUUCCUCACAGAUGUAUGACAACAAAAGCUAUAAGGAAUUGUCUGAAAUAGCAGAACAUGCCAAACGUCGUGCUGAAGUUGCCAGGCUAAGAGAGCUUCAUACACUUAAGGGUCAUGUAGAAUCAGUGGUGAAGCUCAAGGGACUGGACAUUGAGACAAUUCAGCAACACUACACAGUUUAGUACAUCAACCGCAGAACGAAAAUCAGUUGGCAAAUUCCACUAGUUCAAAUAAAGAGUUGGAAAUAAGAAAUAGAAAACUGCUUCUAGGUUCCCUCUUUCCCUUCCUUUCAUUGUUGAUUAGCAUUUGUUAUGUGCUGGGAAUAAUCUGGCAAAGAAGGUCGGAAAGCAGAGGUCUCGUAAGAGAGCUAGACGGUUUUAGUUUUUACCUUGUACUAGUUUUUAACUACUUUAAUUGUAGCAAGCCAGAUUGAGAAAUUGCAGCAUUUCAGUUUAUGCAAAAUGAGAUUCACUUUGCUGAAA